ACUGAGAUAGGCUAUAACCCUUGUGACAACUAGCUAAUGUCUCAUUUCAUGCAGGCUUUAGAGAUUCCUCAUGGGCUGUCUAAAAUUUCCCCUGACCACAAGGAACACUGACCUUCCUAUUAUAGAAACAAACAAACUAAAGCAACACGUAGACAAAUUCAAUGCAGUGUAGGAUACCUCAGCUGUUUUCGAGGUUUGCAAACUCAGUAGACACUGCAAAGAAUAGGCUAAUUUGUGGAUUUAGUAGGCUAUAUGUUUGUGUUUUGCUCACUGGAUAAAUUAUUUACUAGUAUUAUUCACAAUAAGCAAAACUCUUAAAACACCGUAUCUGUUCUGUGGAUUCUGUUAAUACCUUUGUUCGCGUGCAGUCAGUGCGUGUCUGCAGCAAUCUCGCCAAAUACAGGCUCAAUACCUCUCUCUCAAAUUCUCACGCGCCUCCAGAAGACGCCGUAACGGACGGAUGCGGUGACGUUUUAUUGUAAGCGCCCACCUUUCAUUUGAAGAAAUAAAGCGCUAUUGUCACUCUCAAUGAAGCAUGUUCGCUAAAAACCGAGUAGUCAGAUAACACACUGACACGUUAUUUAGCGUGAUAUGCGUUUACUCAGUUUUUUUUUUUUUUUUUUUUGAUAGGCUACUUGGAUUUGGCAAUGAUCAUUCAUAACGAUCUCAUACGGGUAUGUUGGUAAUUUCUCUAUCGUAUUGUCUAUGGCUUAUCAUAUAGGCUACACUGUUUAGACAUCAUUAUUUGCAUACAGUUAAGCCACAUAUUGCAUAUAACCCGUAUUAUUGUAUACCAUGUUCGUCUAUUUACACGGCUAGUGAAAUGAAGUUGAGUGAUGUGGCACGAGACAAGCGCGUAAAUGUCGCCGUCACUACCGUAUCGCUCCAUCAUUCAUUGUAAUCUUAUUGUGAUCUGUGCUGUGAAAACAAAAUCAUGCCUUUUUAUAUCUGAAAUAGGCUAUGCCUUUCAAUAUCGUGAUUCUGAAAAGACAGUUGUUUAACGAUAAUAUCACUACGUAAUGCUAAUUUAACCAAAUCUGCAAUAUGCUGUCCUGUCUGGACAUAUUAUGCUCGGGAAGCGGGAAGCGUAUUUCCAAAAUGUUUCUCGUUUUCGAUAAUUUUGAGAAACUGGAGAAAACUCGAGUGUUAAUCAUGAUGGACACGACAUCAUAACGCUCCGGCUCUAUUCACCAUAACGUGCGCGCGGCGAGAGUCGCGAGACCCUAGCCGAAGAAUUAUAGUGGCGCCUCAGAUAUGAAUGAUGAUGGAGGCGGAAAACGCGGAGAGCUGGUUUCCUCUGACAGAAAACGGGUCCACAAGUUUAAACGCCUCGAACUUGGGUUUCCUAAACGCGUCGUCUCCGGUGGGUCUGUGGGGUGAUGCUCAGGAUAAAGAGGUGACGCGGCUGGAGGAGAUCCUGCACGCGCAGGAAAGAGCCUACAAAGAUUUCACCACCACCAUUCAAGUUUUCAUCCUCAUCGGCUCCCUUUUCGGCAAUAUUGCAGUGCUAUGGUGCACUUGUUACACCAAUGUCUUCAAGUCCGUCACAAACCUCUUCAUCAAGAACCUGGCGUGUUCUGGCAUUUGUGCUGGCUUGGUGUGUGUGCCCUUUGACAUAGCCCUGAAUGCCAGUCCCCUAUGCUGCCUAUGGGUUCAUACACUCCUGUUGUGCAAAACCAUCAAGUUCCUACACAGGCUUUUCUGCUCGGCCACUGUGCUAAACUUCGCUGUCAUCGCCAUGGACAGGUACUACUCAGUGUUAUAUCCACUGGAGAGAAAGAUAUCAGAUGCCAAAUCCAGAGAUCUGGUCAUCUACAUCUGGGUGCAUGCCGUGGUGGCCAGUGUCCCUGUUUUCGCCAUUAGCAAUGUGACGGAUGUCUACGCCACCUCGUCUUGUUCUGACGGCCAAUCGCUUGGACAUCUGGUUUACAUGGUCACAUACAGCAUCACCACACUUAUUUUACCGCUAGCAGUGGUGUUUCUAGCCAUGGCACUAAUCCGCCGUGCGUUAAGCAGCAGCCAGAAGAAGAAAGUGAUCAUCGCGGCGCUGCGCACCCCUCAGAACAGCAUUUCCAUCCCGUAUGUGUCUCAGCGUGAGUCUGAACUUCAUGCCACUCUGUUGUCCAUCGUCCUAGUUUUUGCACUCUGCAGCACUCCCUACGCCGCUCUGGUGAUAUACCGUGCAGUGCUAGGGGCUGCAAAAGCCUCGUCUUGGUUACAACUUACUGCUAUGUGGCUGCCAAAAGUCUCUCUCCUCACCAACCCGUUGUUCCUCCUCACAGUAAACCGCUCCGUGCGACGUUGCCUUCUCGAUAUGCUAGCACGGCUGCAUCGACGCUAUAGCCGAAGGAACAUGGUUAAUGUUGGAGGUCUGGCUGAGGUAGGGCCACUAGGGGGCGAGACUGUGGUUCGCUCUGGUAGUCAACUCCUGGAGAUGUUCAAUAUCGGCCAACAGCAGAUCUUCAGGCCAAAUGAGGAUGAAGAAGAUGAGAAUGAAAUUUCGUCUGUGGCUUCUGCCAACUUUCAAAACAAAGAUGAGGGACAAGGUGGAAAUGGAAUGGCGGCAGGAGAGCUGCGCCAGCCACAGUCAGGGGAUGGGGUUAAAGAAGAGGCCUUAGUCUUACCAAAACAUUCCCCUAUUCAGUCGUGUGCCUACUCCUCUUCGCAGGUCGCCCCCGCGACUCCCACCGACCCCGAGGAUGCAACGCAGUUUGGUUUUGGGCCAUUUGAGCUGCCUCCUCAAUGGCUGCCUGAAACCAGGAACAGUAAGAAAAGACUCCUGCCUCCGUUGGGUAACACACCAGAGGAGCUGAUCCAGACCAAGCAGCCUAGAGUUCGGUCCGAGAGACGCAUCAGUAGAAACAAUAAAGUUAGUACCUUCCCUAAUGUGGACCCCUAAAACACAGAGUGCCAUUGACCAAAUCAUAAAAUUCCAAGAAGGACUGUCUGUUUUAUAUCUGAAGUUAUUUUGGGAUCGUUUUCUGUGUGAGUGCAAAACAAUGAAGGAGAGAACUCAUGAAGUCUUUACGUUUACAAUAGGAAGUAGGCAGAGUUUACAUGCUUUCUUGCUGUCUUUUGGGGCAAUUUAAUAGACAACCGUUCAUCUCCAUGUAUUGACAGAACAGGAAAUUGAUCUUUCACAAGAAAAUGCAAGAAACACCAUAUGGUAGGCAUGGAUUGUUUGACAUUUGUUUUGUUGGAAUGGUGAAUAAAAUUAAUCACAAUCGUUUUUAUGUAGAUAUGUUCAUGCUGUGUUGAAUGUGACUAAUAUGUCCUGCUCAACUCUUUGAAAUGUCACCCCACUGCCGACAUUUUAUUUAGCAACAUAAUCUAUUUCAAAUAUCUUGAACAGCUAAGCUAGCUAGAAAUAAUUUACUCACAAUUCAAGUAUAUAAAUGAACUUGCUGCCCUGGAAUAUGCUGGUAAUGGAAAACCAAUGUGGGUUUUAUAUGCACAAACACUCAAUAAUGGGUAACACUUUGGAAUACUGAUCCUUCAUUAAUGAAUAACUACACAGGAAC